GGCAUUUCGUAUCUUUAAUUAUGAUUUGGGUGUUAAUACGUCUUAUCUUUUUGCUCCCUCCAGCACUAAUAAUCUCCGAGGUCAUAGCAAGAAGGUUCAUAAACCACGAUCUAAUAAACUUAAAGUGGGGUCCCGUUUUUCUCAUCGAGUAGUCAAUCAUUGGAACGCCUUACCCGAACAAGUGGUAUCAGCCCCAUCAGUGAAUACUUUCAAGGAAAAGCUGGACCUUCACUGGAAAGCAAUGUGUUAGGAUUAACACAUGUUCAUCAACCUACUAUCCUUAUUACUGAAGACUGAAGACUCGAACACACAUUGGUACAGGGAGGGGGCUACAAAUACCUCUACUACUACGGGAUUUGAGUCGACAACUUCAUCUCUGUGUUAAUUUGGUAUGGCAACUCUAACUGAUGUAUGUACGUACGAAGUUCUACGUUGUUAUUGACUGACUUACUGCACCAAAUACAUACGCGCCACACAAUAACAAUUCGUAGUUAUCAUAGACUUAUGUAAGAGCUGUGAUACUGCCCGGGUUAUUGUCUUAGGGAGCCACACUCGAGCCUUUGAUCUAAAGGUCUAAUCCACAAGGCAGUGGAGCAAUGUUAGGAGAUGCAGUCUCAUGGUAGUCAGUGCACUUAUUACCAUCUAAAUUAGUUUUUAUCAUCUCAGUCAUAGCUCAUAGCCUAAACUUUUUGUCUUUCAAACAUUCAGUCAGAAAUUUGAAGUCCACUUCAUCUACAUCGUUGUAAGUAACUGUAUGGUAUCUUAAGCGUUUGCAGUGGGAUUUAGCUCAAUAAUAUACAGCGUGCCUUUUGAGUUAUAUUCAGUCAGUCAGUCAUCAACAACGUAGAACUUCGUACGUACGUACAUCAGUUCGAGUUGCCACACCACAUUAGCACACAGAUGCAGUUGUCGAUUCAAAUCCCAUAGUGGUAGAGGUAAUAAGAGUAUAAGCAGUAAUCGGGAAGAUUAGUGUUUGGAGAUGUUAUUUAAAGAGUAUAAUCCAGUGAAAUAAAUUUGGAAAGAGGAAAAAAGGGACAUGAAGAAUUCAGAAGAUUAGAAUUUGGGAGAACACAGAGAGUGGAUGCACCUGGGCCAUUGCAAACGAUUUUGCACCAUGUCAUUCAGGGUCUCUAACCAUCGGUUGAUAUCAUCUCGCGGUCCCCAACCAGGUAGUCUACACCUACCAACAUGACUCAGUUCACUUGUCAGUGACUUCAUGGACUUGUGCCAUGUUUUGGUUUGGCCGCCCCUAGCUUUCUUCCAACCUACUCCUAUACCACUGAACAUAGCACGUCGAGGCAGUCGGUCGUUGGGCAUACGUAACACGUAUCCCAGCUAUCUCAACUGAUGAAGUUUCACUACUUCAUCAAUUGAUUUGCCAUCCUUACCUAGUACCCGUUUCCUAACAACUGUGUUACUUACUCGAUGGUCCCAUGAUAUACGAGCAAUGUUUCGAAGACACCUAUGAUCAAAUACUAGUAGCCUACGGAUAUCCUCUACUCUUACCGGCCAUGUUUCACUGCCAUAAAGUAGGACGGAACGAACUGCUGCGCAGUAAACACGUCCUUUGGUUGGUAGACGGAUAUCUCGCCUACGCCAUAAAUGACGCAAGUUGGCAAAAGCUAGUCGAGCCUUCUGUAUACGUGCUGAGAUUUCGUCACACACCGGACCACAAGGGCUGAUGAGACUUCCAAGAUAAGUGAAGCGGUCGACACACUCAACUACUUCACUCCCUAUCACUAGUUCGGGUGUCGAUGUAACCCAAUCCUGAAGCAACAUUUUGCAUUUCGAGGGAGAGAAUCGCAUCCCGAACAUGCUUGCAUUGUUGCUUAGAGUGGUCAGAAGACUCUGCAUUUUGUCAGCGUCUUCACCAAAUAAAACUAUGUCAUCUGCAUAUUCUAAGUCAACAAGUGAACCUCCCGGUAGAAGUUCAACCCCUGGAAAUUUAGAUGAGGAGAGUGUUAUCUCUAAAAGUAUGUCGACCACAAAGUUGAACAAGAAUGGGGAGAGUGGACAGCCCUGACGAACACCACUUGAGGUAAUCAAUUCUGAUGACAGUUCGCCAUAAGCUCUCACUCUACCAGUUGUGUUCGAGUAGAGAGCCUUUAUAAGGUUAAUGUACUUCUUUGGUACUCCUUUCAGUGACAAACACUGCCAUAGAACCUCACGAUCAACAGAGUCGAAUGCCGCCUUAAGGUCGAGAAAUACUGCAAUUGUGGGGCGAUGAGUUAUAUUAUUUACUAUCGAUACCAGAUAUGUAGACAACUACAGUAAGUUAAAAGCCUAUUUCCCUCUUUAGAUUGUGUAACUUGCUCAAAAUCUUAACAAAAUUAACUGAUGCUUUACUCUGGUAGACUGUGCGAGCAAAUAGGAUAUCGAGUUGUUCUGACCAUCUGUUCAUGGGAUGAUUUCCUCAAUUUUGUUCAGGAUCCGUUUGUUCCGUUUUUAUGUUUGUUAUCUCAGUAUUCUGGGGGAUAUGUAUGCAAAGCGUUUUAUGUGUAUCAACUACUUUUUUACAGAACUAUAAUUCCUACUGAUUUUAUCUCUUCAUACUCUCACAUUUUCUAUAAAUAACUUGCUUUAUUAUCAAGUUACCCUGACGAUUUUCCCCGUCAAUUUAAUUUUUUUAUCGAAGAUUAUUUAUAUUUGAGUCGUCAUUAUACUGAAUAAAUUGAAAUAAUGGAAUUAUGUGAAUGUAGACCAAUAGACAAUAUCUUAAUUUAACUUAGUGAUACUUUUGUGCCAUCGUCCUUACAUGUGUUUGGUUCAUAAAUUCAUUCGUAAACAUCCACAUAAUUAAUAAGACGUUUUAGUAAUAUAUUCGAACUAAUCAAAAGUACUUUUCUUCAUUACAGUGGCAUAGAUUUCCUUGAAGUCACCCUUCAAUUUUUCAGAUAUUCUUUCAUGAAUUUUAUUUUAACACCGAAUGAGAAAAGUUUUGUUUGAAUUUUCUGAAUCAUUUGAAAACGACGUUCAUGUUCAUGUCAAAGAGUGGCUUGAAUUUCCUAUGAGACUCACUAUUUCAGAAUGUGCUUCUCAACUAGCAAGUGCAUAUGAUAUUCCAGAUGUCGCUUCUAAAGUUUUCUAUGAAAGAUUAUCAGAUUUCAUAUCUGAAGAAAAUACAAAUGACUUUAAAGAUCAUUAUUUAAAGUUGGUAAACGAUCUAAGGUCUGAUGUAUCAAAUAUAGAAAAAUUUUGUUCUGUUUUUGACCCUUCGCAUCAUAACAAUUCCACUUCAUCAAAACCAGCCAAACUGAACGAUCAGGAAGUUUUUUCACACGCUUUCAGUCAGAUGAUUCAUUCGCCUGCAGCACAAGAUUUUAUUCACUUAGAACAAUUGUUUGCUCUUGAAGUCGGUUAUAAACUUCAAAAACGAGAUGAUACCCUAAAGGAAAUGGAUCAAAAGCACAUUGAUGAAACUGAACGUAGUAUACAAAAGCGUGGUAGCGAAGUCCCAGAGACCAUCACACAACUCCAAGAGGACUAUUAUCUCAAUAGAGAAGUCAUUAUAAGUCAUUGGGAUAGUUGUAUAAGUGCAUUAAAAUGGGAACAUCGUCAAGCACUGAGAACAUUUGUUAUGUCUUAUGAAGGAAAUAUCAAUAGUUUACCAACAAAUAACGAUCGUCCCAAUUUAACCCGGAUUUCAUCUAAAACUUUGAAUUCCUUAUUAAAGAAAUCAUCUAUCAUAAAUAAUCAAGCUAUUUCUAAACGGACUGAUCAUAUUCCAUUAUCAGAAACUUUCACUGUACAAUUGGGUCGUCAGUUACGAACAAUGUUCAAUUUUCGUUUAAUUAGAUUAGAUCCAUCUGAAUUAUUAACAAGAUUGAAAGUCCAGGAAAAUCAUUUGCUUGAUGAUGACUGGCUAGCUGAACGUAUGAACAAUGCUUUAAACAUCUAUUCAAACAAUUUAAACGGUUUAAUGAUUCUAGUGGAUAAACGAAUUAAUUCUUUCCGUGGAAUUAAGAAACUUUUAGCGGAUGCGUGUGAGCAGUCUGCUGAAUUACAUUUCCCUGAAUUAGGUUCCCAGUUAGAAUCUAUACAGGAAACAGUUAAUCGUUUGGGAUCACGUCAGUUAACGGAAUUAAAUGGUGAAUCUAAAUUAAGAAAUAAUGAUUUGUGUAGUGGAAUUUCUACAGUUAAAUCAAAAUCUGACUGUUAUGAACCAAUUCAUGGUGAUGUAUUAAUCACUAAGCAUUCUAAUUUAAUCAGUAGUACCGGUGAUGGUAUAAAUGUUAUUUUUCAAGUGGUCAUUGAUGAAAAUUAUGAAACUAAUAAUAAUAUACGUAUUCCAUCUUCAUUACACAAUGCCAUAUCAGCUGUACUACGUACUUGUUUCGAGUACGAUAUUACAACUUUAUCCUUGCCGUUAUUAUUGGUUUCAUCAGUAUCUGAAAAUAUGGAUAGAUCAUGGAGAGCUAAACGUGUCGAAACAGUACUUAAAGCUGUUAAGGGUACAUUGAUGGAAUUGAUCACAUGGCGUGGUCCCAAUUUACGAUCUAUACAAUUUCUCGCACCUUCAUGGAUUACAGAUGAAGAAUUGAAUGUAUUUCGACAAAUUAUUUCUAAUUCAUUCUUACAACCGAAUCCAUUAAUUGUAGUGUAG